AAUCAAUACUAGAAGAAAGCUCGAAGAAAUCGAAAAUGGGGUUGCAGUGGAUGAUUCUAACCUACGUGGUGGCAGCAGAGUCCGCGCUGGCCCUUCUCUUGACCUUUCCCUAUCCCAAGCUAUUGAAGAACCGUUUGGUCUCUCUCAUCUCUCUAAUCCUACAGCCUUCCCUCUUUAUUGUCCCCUUUGCCGGAUUCCAGCUCUUAGAUAUCUACUGGAAGAACGAGCAUCGCUUGAGUUGUACCUCUGAGAUUUGCACUGCUGCCGAGAGAGAUCAUUAUGAGAAAUCUGUGUACAAAGCCCAAAGGAAUGUGAUUUUGUGUACAACUGCAUGCCUCCUGUACUGGUGUAUCUACAGGAUUUGCAAGUACCACAAGGAAAUAGAGAGUUUGGAGGAAGUAGAGAAGAGAUACAAGAAUGAGUAGCAAGUUUGUGUAUCCCUAAUAUUCCGUGGCACACGAAAACUCAUGUACUUGUAAGACGAGGCUAUGUACUGUUAUUUGGUAUUGUUUGCAUUUACGUUCUCAAUACACUGUUUCUGAGUGGAAUCUGUAACGCAUUGUAUGGGAA